AUGAGUAAAAAAGGUUUGUUGGAACGUCUACAAAAUGGUGGACACGUCUUGGUAGCAGAGGGAUAUGUAAUGGAAAUAGAGAGAAGAGGAUACCUACAAUCGGGAGGAUUUGUGCCGGAAGUUGUUUUAGAACACCCGGAAGUAGUUCAGGGAUUACACCAAGAAUUCAUUCACGCUGGUACUGACGUGGUGGAAGCAUUAAUGUAUUUUGGACACAGGGAAAAACUUGCAUCAAUCGGUCGAGAAGAUGACCUUGAAAUGCUCAAUAGAAAGGCUCUCAAAAUCGCCCGACAGUUGGCUAACGAGACCGACACUCUGAUGGCUGGUGGACUUUGUUGUACCACUGUAUAUGAAGCAGAUGUCGCGGAAACACAUGACAAAGUCAGGUCCAUUUUCAAGGAACAGGUAGAGUGGGCAGUUGAGGAGGGGGCGGACUAUAUGAUAGCGGAGACGAUACACUCUUACGGGGAAGCGAAGCUAGCUCUCGAGACAAUUAAGGAACACGGGAAAGGAAUUCCUGCUGUAAUAACUCUCACGUGUUUAAUUCCGGACGAGACGACUGAUGGUGUGCCAAUAGCAGAGGCUUGCCGUAGACUAGAGGAAGCUGGAGCGGCAGUAGUGGGCCUCAACUGUGGGCGUGGCCCAAGAACCAUGCUUCCGGCCCUAAAAGAAAUUAGAAAGUUAUGCAAGGGUCCAAUUGCUGCUCUUCCCGUGGUUUACAGGACGAGGGAGGAUUGCCGUACUUGGCACUCGCUGAAGGAUCCAGAAACCGGAAAACAUAUUUAUCCGAAAAACCUGGCUUGUGUAAUGAGUAGCCGAGAUGACAUUCGCGAAUUUGCGGAGGAGGCAAAGGCAAUCGGAGUGAACUACAUUGGGCUUUGCUGCGGGAAUGCCCCAUUUUACUUUAGGGAGUUGGCAGAAGUUUACGAGCGAAAACCAGAAGCUUGCAAAUAUUCACCAGAUCUUUCACAAAGCGUGCUGUUGGAGAGUACCAACGCAUCUUUCCAAAAGUUGAGGGAAUAUGCGUUUGGAAAGAAUUAA